ACACAACCCCGGACACAACCCCGGACACACUGGGCCUUCAACGCAGCUUUGCACGGGCACAGGAGCCUGACUCCGAGUCCGGUCCAGAUUCCGGCCCUGACCUGGGUCCAGCCCGGGGUUCAACAUGGAUCUCCAAAGAACUGAGAGAGUCAUUAGUCGACAUGUACAAAGCUAACCCUCGUGUGAACGACGAGCUGCGACAGAGACUGCCCUCUCCUGGACGCAGUCCGCGAGCGCCUCUGUCCCUGUCCCCCCGGAGCCCCCCCAGGAGCCCCCCCAAGAGCCCCCCUAAGAGCCCCCUGACCCCUACCAAGGCCCUGGCCCAAACCCGCAGCCCUCAGACCCACAGCCCGCCCCGCAGUCCAUCCCGCAGUCCAUCCCGCAGUCCAUCCCGCAGCCCACCCCGCAGUCCAGGGAGCCACAGAGCUGUGAUCAGCCCGGACCACACCUGUCCUCCAGCUCCGCCCUCUUCCCCCGCCAGAAAGUCCCCAUCAGGACCCAAAACCUGCAUGAUGGCGGCGGAGCUUAGACCUGCGUCCGACAGGAUGGAGCUCUUGACCAAUCAGAACACAGCGUUCCAGGACAGAGACAAAAACAUCUCAUUUUUACUGAAGGAGCUCGACUCACUGCGAGACCUCAACACCAAGCUCCAGGAGCAGCUGGUGCUGAAGGAAAAGGAGCUCCAGAGACAAGAACUUAACGAACAAAUGAGACAGAACCAGAGCGACUCAGAAAUAUGGAACAGAACCACAGAGUUGGUGGAGCAGCUGAUGGCGGCUCAAAAAGAGCGGGAACAGGCGAUGAUGUCACGGCUGCUCUUGGCCAAUGAAGAGCGAGAUCAGGCCCUGCUCACAGCCCAAAGACUGACGCAGGCCGCAGCCGAUCAGUUUUCUUUGGAGCCAGACUCUGUGGAGGACUGUGAUCUGGACGUCCUGGAGCUGCUGGAGCAGGUGUGCGCCUCAGAGUCUGCCCAGCAGGUGGAGCAGUUUGGUACAAUCCUGGUUCAGCGUGUGAGGUCGGCACGGCAACGCAGGAGCGACAUCACUGCACAGGAAAUGAGUGCCGUGAUGGAGGAGCGCGACACUCACGCCGCCAAGGUAAAACGUUUGGAGGAGGAGCAGCUCAGAGAAAUUCAACUCCUUCAGGCAGAGAUUGUGGCACUGCAGAGAGAGAGAGACACUGCUAUAGGUGAGCAACAGCGUCUGGAGGCGGAGCUUCAGGAGCUCAGAGCCAAUCACAGCCGCUCAGAAGCCCCGCUCCCCGUUGAAGAGGUCACUGCGGCGCUCUCUGAUGAUGUCACCACCCUUCAGCAGCAGCUGCUGAUGAUGUCACAGCAGAAGAAGACUGCAGAAUCAGAGCUUAUCCAGGCCAAUGAGAGAGUGCGGAGGCUGGAGCGUCUGGUGGAGGUUCUGAGGAAGAAGGUGGGAACAGGAAGUGUCCGCGCCAUCGUCUGAUACAAGCCCCACACCUGCCACAAGCCCACUGUCAGUCACCAGAGAAAUGGACCAGUGAGGAUGUGGCCUGUGAUCAUGUGAUCUGUGUUUUGUUUGAUUAAAUUAAAUCUGUUGGUUGUUGUUGACUUUGGACCAAAGACAAAGUUUUA